AUGGCAAAUACUAUCCUGUACUAUGCAAGGUGUUUCCUUGCGGUGAUUGUUCUUAUGAUUGCCGCGCUUUACGGGGUGAUUGCCUCGAUUGUUGCUACUUUGAUUGGGAAACAGUACUUGGCUCAAUGGCUCACUGCCCGUUGUUACUACAACUUGAUGAAGUAUACGAUGGGGUUUGACGUCAAAGUCAUUGGCGAGGAGAAACUGGAGAACAAGCCGUUCAUUGCUGUGUCUAACCACCAAUCGACGCUGGACAUCUUGAUGCUGGGGAGAAUGUUCCCACAGGGGUGCACUGUGACCGCCAAGAGUUCGUUGAAAUAUGUUCCCUUCUUGGGCUGGUUUAUGAGUUUGAGCGGGACUUAUUUCUUGGACAGGAGCAGUAGGGAGAAGAGUGUCAACACUUUGAACAAAGGUCUGGAACAGGUCAAGAGGGAGAAAAGGGGUCUUUGGAUCUUCCCCGAGGGCACGAGAUCGUACGCGACCGAUUUGAACAUUUUGCCCUUCAAGAAGGGCGCCUUCCAUUUGGCGCAGCAGGGAAAGAUCCCGAUCAUCCCGAUCGUAGUCUCGAACACCAGUACUCUGAUGAACCCGAAGUGGAAAGUGUUCAACCGCGGGGUUAUGACCGUUAAAGUGCUGGACCCAAUUCCUACUGAUGAAUUGGCCAAGGAGGACAUUGGGAAACUAGCGGAGCAAGUUAGAGACAUGAUGCUGACUGAGUUGCAAGAACUGGGAUACUCAAAGGCCAACAACGACACCAACUUGCCCCCCCAAUUCAUCGAGCAAGCGAAGAAAGAGACCAGUGUCACUGAGAAGACGAGAGACGAGGCUUCGACUGUCACAGGAUCUGAGAUCAGAGCGGCAAACUAA